UUCCAAAAUGACAAAUGUCAAACAAAAACAUUGGAUGGAAUGGAACGUAUUUAAACAUAACCUAUUUAUCGAAUAUAGUUGAUUACUGAAUAAUUUGGUUUAAAGAGUGUUGCGAAUAAUUAAAUAAUAGAAGAAAUAUAAUAACAAUACUAUAAAUAAAUAGUGGCGAAUACUUGAAACGCAGAAAAUGAGCACCUCUAAGGGUAGUAACGUAAGGAGACGGCCACAGAAACACCAAAAUAAAACUGCGUUCAAGAAUGAUUUACACGAUACGAGUCGUAAAACAAAAUUUUUAAACUCACUUGAGAUAACUGGUGUCUGCAAACGUUGCAAGGAUAUACUCGAAUGGAAGAUAAAAUAUAAAAAGUAUAAACCAUUAACAGCACCGAGAAAAUGUGUGGGCUGUGAGCAGAAAACAAUAAAACAUGCUUACCACAUGUUGUGCAACAAGUGCGCUUUAGAGAAAACAUUGUGUGCGAAAUGCUGCAAACCAGUUGAGGAUCAGGAUUCAUCAGUUAUUGAAGAGACCCAGAAUGUUGAUUUAAAAGCUAUGUUAAAAGAUCUACCAGAAAGGAAACGGCGGACAAUUAUGAGGUUAAUUAAGAAACAAGAUGAAGGUCAGCAAUUGACUCCGGAAAUAAAGGCACAGAUAGAUGAUAUGCUUUUGAAGAUGGACAGCAUUGCCUUAGAUGAUGAUGAUUUCAAUUUUAGUGAUGGUGAUGAUGAUGAAUAUAACUCAGAUAGUGAACCAGAAACUAAAUAAGUAAUAACAAACAUCAUCUAUGUACAUAGAAUAUGCUUUUGAAAUAUUAGCAAUUAAUAAAAUUAUUUAUACAAUUCUA